GAGUUGACAUUCCAAUUCUCUGGACGGAUUGCAGUGAUACAUCUGUCUGAUGAACGUCCCAUAAGCACUGUUCCUAGCAACACUGCCCGUCUGCGAGCCCUCCUCAGGAUGCGCCCCCUUUCCCUCUUCCAUGCGCACGCGUAUGACCGCCUGAUCUACUUUCGUCUUCAACAGGAUCAGCUAAUUCUCGCCAUUAUAUCUAUUAGUUCUCAUCGUUAUGGUGUUGAACAGGUUCGAUGAGGACCCGCAUAUUCCCAGUCACCGUUUGCCGCCGCCGGCGACUAGCACAAUCUCUUUGUAUCGUCCUUCAAGCAAUCCGCAGCCCGAUUCGAGCGAUACGGGUUCCAUCAGCCUUAGCACAGACACGGGGGACACCACGACGGGGACCUCUCUCAUCCAGGCCACUACCGGCGAUAGUCCAACAUCAUCCUCGCUCCUUACCACAAUCAACCCAUCCUCACCUGCAAGCGCAGGCACAGCGCAGACCGGAGCAUCCGCCCCCGCCCCCAGUCUCCCCAGUUCGCUCACCCAGACCUCUGGCUUUACCCUACGACCAUCCUCCUCCCCAGCCUUCAGCGUCUCUCCCAGCACCGCAGCCGACGCCAGCACCUCUGCGCGGCGCGCCAACGCGGGCGCCAUAGCCGGCGGGGUCGUCGGCGGGCUGCUCGGUCUGUUACUUCUGCUCGGCCUUCUCUUCUGGUUCCUCCGCACCCGCCGGCGGCGGAAGAUCGCGCCAUCCUCCGAGUUCAUGGCCCGCCCGGGCGGUGGCUCUACCUCCUUCUCUUUCACCAACCGCCCCUCCGUGCUCGACGACCCGGACCCACCCCCGCCGUUCUUGCGGGGAACGUUCACAGACCCGAUCGCGGAGAAGGUGCGCGAGGCGGAGGGGCAUCGCUCUCUGUGGCGCGGGCCCAACAGUGAUACGGAGUCGGGGCAUGGGCGUUGGCAUUAUGGGCCGCGCCAGGAUGCUGAGGACCCGGAGGGUAUACCUGUGACCUCGCCUUCGACGGAGCGCUCUGCACGAUCGGAAAGGAGUUUCCUGAUACUGUGAGGGUUGUAUUUACGUACUUCUUGGUAAUGGAGGUCUCGUAGCCAUGUAUGGGCGCGUGUAGCAGUUAUUUGUAACACCAGGUGUUGUAUCGAAAUCCGACUUCGAUGGUGCAGGAACAUGUAUACAAAGAGGUGGAGGUAUCGCUACAUACGGGAGGUG